UGAUGCAACACAGAAGUUAUAUAAAACAGCUGACAGCACUGCCUAGAACAUCGUAACAAAAUGGAGAUCCCACUGCCUGUUACACGCGUGAUGGCAGUUCACAUGAUUUUCAGUGCCUUGCUGGGUUACUCCGUCGUCAAGGCGUUUGUGUGCCCCUCCCAAGGCUUGUUUCCGGAUCCUGCAGACUGCAGCGGAUACUAUAGCUGCAACAGCAAGCUGCAGGCCUCAAGAGGAACAUGUCCCCUCAGCAUGCAUUUCGACCCCCACUACACGGACUGUGAGGUUGGUGACUGCAGCAGUUCCACGCAGAACCAGACACUGCCUCCAACUGUAGCAACCACGACUCCGACUCCGACCACAACUACGACUUCGACGACUCCAACCACAACCACGACUCCAACCACAACUACAACUCCUACGACAACCACGACUCCGACGACAACCACGACUCCGACGACAACCACGACUCCAACCACAACCACGACUCCAACCACAACUACAACUCCUACGACAACCACGACUCCAACCACAACCACGACUCCAACCACAACUACAACUCCUACGACAACCACGACUCCAACCACAACUACAACUCUUACGACAACCACAACUCCAACUCCUACGACAACCACAACUCCAACCACAACCACGACUCCGACUACAACAACGCCAGGAACGACGACACUGCACUGCACAAGCAGUUCCGACACGUUCCCGGAUCCAUCGAAUUGCCACAGGUACUUCCGCUGUGACGUGAACCUCAACCUCGUGUCCCAGGGCUGCGCCCUUGGCAUCCUGUCCCACUACGACGCGAAGAAUGGUGGCUGUUCAAUAGGACUUUGCUCAAACUGAGAACAGUAGCAUCUGCCGUGCCUAGGCUUUUCUGGAAACGUCGGCUAAUUUUCAACGGACUACAUGGCGUUCUCUCCUAGAAGCAAGGACUCUUCAUAACCACAGCUGUAAGAACAUCGCAUUCUAAACACUGAUUUACUCGUAUCAUUACUUAGAAACAAACUCAGGGUCUGAAUAGUACAAGAUGACUCUCAUUCUCCGUACUCUUCGCCGCCUUUGAGUCGUGUGGAGGCAAGACACGUAAAUGCCAAUAAAGCAUAUAUUUCUGCCUAGCGACAAAAGCAAAAGGACAUACGUAUAUCGCUUUAUGCAUGAAACCGCUUGUCGUGUUCUGGAAACACCCAGACCUAAAGAAUGGAAGAAAACGUUGAAGAAAUGUGGCUAUUCCGUGUCCAUAACAUCUCUGACGGUGCGUCAUAAACAUAUUGUGACGGAGAUCCUUACGUCAUCACACGAAAGUCAUUAAAUUCUAUCUGAACUUGCGUUGUCAACCAAAAUCAACAUACCGGACGGAAAUCUGCUUAAACACACACAGCGCUUCUUCCAUAAGCUUGCCUACUCGAUUCGUGACGUACACACAAAGAUGUUUUAGACACGCAAUAUGCAUAGUUUAGUUUUGUAAACAAUCUCACAAUAUAUCUGUGAAAUUGUUGCCAGUUUUGUGCAUUGCAGUUCGAGUAGCAUCACUAACGUCUGCAAAAUAGAGACGAAAUGACAACACUGCAGACUCUGUAUAAACUAUGUUUACUUGUGAUAAUUUAUGUUAUAAAGAAAUGCCCCAACAAAUUCGGGCAUGAUAUAAUGGAAAUAGUUCUUGAUAUAGAAUAAAUUGAAGUAAAUA